GACUUUGAAGCUCGAGACGAUCGUCAAAUAUUUGUAUUUAAGUGAUAUAUACAAGCGGAAUUUCGCGUUCCGAUAGCAUUUAAUUGCAAGCAAUAAAUAACACGAAUGCUUAAAAUUCUUAAACUGUGAUUGUGAAAAAGUGUCGAAUUUAAAAUUGAAAAAUAUAAACAAAUAGUGAUACAUUUAUUCUCUAAAUAGUCAAAAAUGAGCAAUUGGUAUGCGAAUAUUGUGCCGGGCUGGGUAAAUCGCUGGAUAAGUCCACCGCGUCCAGUAAAUCCCUAUCGCGCCAUACGUCCGGCAAAUGAAAACGCCGCUGAAGCUGAUGCCAUACUCACCGUUCAGAGUGUCGAUCUCUGUCUGGCGGAAAACAAUGACGAACACAAAACAGAUCACUUUUUCGCCGCCAAAGAGGCGUUAAUUGUGCGACGCGGUGAUCCAUUUCGAUUGCGCAUACAUUUUAAUCGCUCAUACAAUCCCACGCGUGAUGCAAUCAGUUUUAUAUUUACCGUAGCUGAUGAAAAUAAACCAAGUCCCGGACAUGGUACAUUGGUGGGUCUAGUGCCACGUGAUGGCAUAGACUACCUAGGCGAUCCACUGGAAUGGGCGGCUGGCAUUGAGUCACAUGAGGACAAAGCACUAACGGUGCUUAUCAAACCGGCCGUCACAUGCCCGGUCACCGAAUGGAAAUUAGAUAUUGAUACGAAAUUACUUAGUGAUGGCUCAAAGACCUUUUCCAUACCCGUGCCAAUUUACAUACUCUUCAAUCCAUGGUGUCCCGAUGAUCAAGUCUAUUUGCCGGAUCAUGAUCAACGCAAGGAAUAUAUUAUGCACGAUACGACGCUCAUUUGGCGUGGCUCCUACAAUCGCAUGCGACCUUCUGUGUGGAAGUUGGGACAAUUCGAGCGACAUGUAUUGGAAUGCUCAAUAAAAUUGAUUGGUACAGUCGGACGCAUACCAGCCGCUUAUCGUGGUGAUCCAGUGCGUGUGGCACGCGCGUUAUCGGCCGCUGUCAAUUCGGUGGAUGACGAUGGUGUCAUACUUGGAAAUUGGAGCGAGGAUUUCUCCGGUGGUACUGCGCCGACUAAAUGGGUUGGUUCCACCGAAAUUUUGCAACAAUUUUAUAAAACACAAAAACCAGUGAAAUUUGGACAGUGUUGGAAUUUCUCCGGUGUACUAACAACCAUUGCGCGUACGCUGGGUAUACCAUCACGCAUAGUCACAUGCUAUUCGGCGGCACACGAUACGCAGGGUUCGCUAACGGUGGACAUAUUCAUCGAUCAAAACAAUAAGAAAUUGGAUGCGGAAACCACUGACUCCAUAUGGAAUUAUCACGUUUGGAAUGAGGUAUGGAUGCAACGCCCAGACUUAGGUAUUGGCCCCUAUGGCGCGUAUGGCGGUUGGCAGGCAGUAGAUGCCACACCGCAAGAGCCCUCCGACAGUAUGUAUCGUGUUGGACCGGCAUCGGUGGUGGCAGUUAAAAAUGGCGAAAUCUUGCGACCGUUCGACUGUGGCUUCGUUUAUUCGGAAGUGAAUGCCGACAAGGUGUAUUGGCGUUAUAACGGACCUUACCAGCCAAUUAAGUUAUUGCGCAAGGACACACUGGCGAUUGGUCACUUGAUCAGCACGAAAGCGGUACUCAAAUGGGAACGCGAAGAUAUCACAGCCACAUACAAAUAUGAAGAGAAGACUGACGAGGAACGCAAUAUAAUGCUGAAGGCAUUGAAGCAAUCGGGUCACGCAUUCAGCCGCUAUUACUUAAAUGAUAGUUUCAACGACGUCGAAUUCGAUAUGUCGCUAAAGGAUGACAUAAAAAUCGGCGAGAGUUUUACAGUUAUUGUUAAAAUUACUAAUAAGUCCAAAGAUAACACGCACGUGGCGAGCGGUCAGCUAAACUGCGACGCAGUACUGUACACGGGCACCAAUGCGGAAGAAGUGAAAUCCAUGCCAUUCGAGCUCGAAUUGAAGCCAGAAAUGUCAGAAUUUGUGCGCAUGGAAGUGCAAUUCGAUGAAUACUUUAAAAAAUUGACAUCACAAGCUGCUUUUAAUAUAUCCUGUGCUGCUAAGGUAAAGGGCACAGAUUACGAAUACUACGCACAGGAUGAUUUCCGCGUACGUAAGCCGGAUAUUAAGUUCACAUUCCAGGGCAAAAUCGUUUCACAGCUGCCCGUCGAUGUGAUCGUACGCUUAACAAAUCCUCUGCCUAUACCUCUUAAGAAGGGUAUGUUCUAUAUUGAAGGACCCGGUAUUGAGAAAGCGCUGCGGUUCAAGAUUGCAGAGAUUCCCGUGGGUGGUACAGCUGCUUCCACUUUCAAAUAUGUUCCGCCAUAUGCAGGACGUGGCACAUUGCUGGCUAAAUUCAAUUGUAAGGAACUAGACGAUGUUGACGGUUACACGCACUACGAAAUUGAGCCGAGGCCCGAGGAUAUUAUCAACAACGGUACAAACCGAUCGCAUAAUAUUAUACGACGCAGAACCGAUGUCACAGCGUGAAAAGGAAUAACAUUUUAGUAGAAAAAAAAUCUCAAUAAGAAAUUAAUAUAUAUAUGUAUGUACAUAUAUACGUAAUGCUUAUGUACAUAAUUAUAUACGUAAGUAUAUAGAAGGCGAUAAGAAGAAAGCGGCAAUUUUUUACA